CAAUGACCAAAGCAAAGCGAUAUUUUUUGAGAUUGUGAAAUGAAAGUGAGCCAAUGACAAUUGAUAAUCUGUGCUUCUUGGCUAAAGAUACUUGAAAGCCAUUAAGCAUAGAAUUAAUUUGUGUUGUGGAUUUGUGGAGUAACUUUAUUUUGUAUUGCUUUUUAAACAAAUAAGUGUGUUAAAUAAAAAUGACUUGUCGGAAUGCAUCGCACGCUGGUAGCUGGUAUACGGAAAAUGGUUCUGAACUGUCAAGACAGCUGGAUCUGUGGCUGUCGAAGGCCGACCUCACCCAUGGACCGGCUAGAGCAAUCAUUGCGCCUCACGCCGGCUACUCCUAUUGCGGUGCGUGCGCAGCUUUCGCCUACAGACAAAUAAGUCCAGUUGUCGUUAAACGAAUUUUCAUCCUCGGUCCCUCUCAUCACGUCCGGCUGGGGGGCUGCGCUUUGUCCUACAUGAAUAAGUACCAGACUCCCCUCUACGAUCUUACUAUUGACAAACAGAUUUACGCCGAACUCGAAGCGACGAGACAAUUCGAGUGGAUGGACGCACAGACGGACGAGGACGAACAUUCGAUCGAAAUGCACCUGCCGUAUAUAGCCAAAGUUAUGGAAGAAUAUAAGGAUGGUUUUACGAUCAUACCAAUCCUGGUUGGAUCGCUGACACCAAAGAAGGAGGCCAUGUACGGAUCAAUCCUAGCUCCUUACUUGGCUGACCCUCAGAAUUUAAUCGUCAUAUCGUCCGACUUCUGUCACUGGGGUCCGAGGUUCAGAUACACGUGGCGUGACUCCUCCAGGGGACAGAUUCACCAGAGCAUCGAGUGGCUGGACAGACAGGGGAUGGAUAUCAUAGAGAAAAUGGACCCACACGCCUUCACGGAUUAUUUAGUAAAGUAUGGCAACACUAUAUGCGGUAGACAUCCGAUUGGAAUUCUUUUACAGGCUAUAGCAAAACUACAGAGCCAGUCCAGUCCUUCGAUGUCACUGAAGUUUUUGAAGUACGCCCAGUCGUCCCAGUGUAUGAACAUGCAGGACUCCUCGGUGUCGUACGCGAGCGCUUCGCUGGUGUUCGAAUAGAUGUCCCGAUAUUUUAGAUCACCGGCGUCCCGAUUUUCAUUUUUUUUUGUGUUUUAUUAAGCUGUAUGUCCACAAAUGGUAAAUUGGCGUUUUGUGUUGGUUUUAAUUAUUUUUUUUAUUUAAAUAGUUCGGUGAACUGUUAAAUGGAACGUCUUGAUUGUAAGUAGGUGCUCAUGUAUGUAAGAAAUAUUAACCAAUCCUUAACAUCGUCAAUGCAAGCAACGUUGGGACUGUUAUGUCCUUCGUGCCUGUAGUUACACUGGCUCACUCACCGAUAUCAACGGGUACUACAGGCACCGUGGCAUUGGUGAUAUAUGGAAUUAUUAUUAUUUCUAACAGCGCCAGAGACCACUUACCAUCAGCUAGUCUAUAAACCCGUUUACCUAACUAUAUUAUAAAAAAUAAAAUCAAAUACAUAAUUUAAUAUAGAGAUUUAUAACGAAAUCGGUGUUGUAGCCCUCAAAUUAAAUUUCCAUAUAAAGUAGCAACACUAAAGAAUAUUUCGUAGAAUUAAUAACAUUCAUAUUUAUUAAGUAGCUGCCCGUCCCGUCUUCGUCCGGGUGAAAUAAGAAUUGUAUUCACUACCCUAUUUCAGCGCCACCUACCGGGUCCAAUACAAACCCAAGGGACCCAUUCAGUUCCACACAAAAAAAUUAUCGAAAUUGCUUAAAUGAUUUAGGAGUUUUUUGUAUGUACACACAUACAGAAUACUUCUAUAUAUAACGAUGAAGAAAUAAAAAUUAAUUCAAUUAUAAUUUGUUAUAUGUACGAAUGUUUUUUAGGGGUGGAGGUGGUUAUACUAUGCUGUCUCUUUCUUCCGUAUAUAAAACCAAUUGUCUCAGAAAGAGAGAUGUCGAUGUUAACAAUAAUCACUAAACAUAGUUGAUAUGUGUUUAAAAAAGCAUUUAGUUUCAUUUUUUUUUAAUUAAAAUUAGAAAUUAUUUUAUAAUAUUGUCUGUGGAAGGCAAUAAAAGCUAAAGCGUCAAGUUGUAAUCGUGAGAAGUGAAGUGAAUUUAGACAAAAAUAAAAUUAAAAUACUUCUUUCGGAUGACCAUUUAGUUCAAGCGAAAUUAGUAUUUUUGCUUUAAAUCAAAAUGUAAUUUAAAUGUAUUUAAGUAGGCUUUUACGAGAACUUUUGUUUAAGGGGUUGGUUGUUAAGACUUAACGGAAUCGGUGUUGUUUCCAUAUAAAGUAGCAACACUAAAAAUAUUUUGUAUAAUUCGUAACGUGUUUAUAGUUAAACAUAACAGUGUUCGAAUAAAAAAGCCUAUGUACAUGAAGUUCAAGCUUUUCCAUACAAAAUUUCAUCAAAUUCGGUUCAGUAGUUUCGCCUUGAAAACGCAGCAGAUAGAGUUACUUUCACAUUUGUAAUGUUACCAUAAUAAUCUUUAAAAAAUACUUUUCUACAUUUUGGCGUUAUAAUUUUUUUUCCUACUAUCGACAGACGAUAUAAAUUUGGCAUCUAUUAAUAAUAAAACUCGUUUAUGUUUUCUCUCUACGACAAUUACUCUAUGGCAAUGUUUUCUUUGUAAUU